UACAAUUUCAGUUUCAGUUUCAGAAGGAAUCCUUCUGUGAUCAUAUGGAUGAAGAGAUCCCUCAUGGCUAAAGUAGUCCUGAAGGAAAAGCAACAACUCCUCAAGCUUCCCCAGCACAUGCUCCUUUUAGAUGUGAGGAUGAGAUGGAGAAAAACUAUCUUGUGUUUGAUGAUAGAGAGAUUUUGCGAACAGUUUCCUGCUAUCCAAGCUUCAGCUAUCGACCAACGGCUUAGAAAUUUCAUGGAGAAGAAACUGGCCAGAAUGGGCAAUGAGGACCUGAGGAAAGCAGAGGAGUUUGUGCAAGCAGUUGAGAAGCUCUCAAAGCCAAGAGAGACACAGGGGCAGGCAGAAGAAGAAGAAGAAGAAGAAGAAGAAGAAGAAGAAGAAGAAGAAGAAGAAGAAGAAGACUAUACGCCACCUGUAAAACAGAGGAAGAAGAGGGCAGCAAACUGCUUUCCACCCAGCAGCAGCCCCCUGUGUCCACAGCUCAGAGAGUGGAUCAAGAAAUCCAUCUUUACAGAAGUCUUCCUCACAUUCCAACCAAAGACAGUGCCAGUCUCUGGUGGUGGAGUUACACAUUGCCAGUGUUGUCAGCUCUAGCUGAGAAGUAUCUAUAUGUCCAAGCAUCCUCCAACCCUUCUGAAAGGGUGUUCUCCACUGCCGGAGACACCCCAAGUCCAGAAAGAUCUUGUAUCCUUCCUAAGAGGGCAAACAUGAUAUUUUGUGUCUGUACAAAACAUGAUAAUUUGCCAAAGUUGAUAGUUGUGGUCUUAUCUUUACAGAAGACUUUGUAUUUUUUAUGUCAGUUGAAUGUUGUUGUUUGGAAUUUUGUUACAAGUUGAAUGCAAAUGAGCACUGUUAAUAUUCCAAAAGGCACAAGCUCCUCUUCAAGUCUGUGUUUUUAGUUUUUAUGGCACAUAGUGGCGGUUGGGUUCAAAAAGCUAAACAUUUAUUUAUUUAUUUUUUUUGUCUGGACCAAUUAAUGUGAAAAUUGACACUUUCCUAAUCCUAAGGCACUCUUGAUAAUCUUUCAAGGCACACACUAUUGUGCCAUGGCAUACUGGUUGAGACUGGUUGAGGCCCUAGGCUAUGGGUCCCUGGACUUUGAGGUUUGUUCUGACGUUGCUACACACAAUUUGUGUAUACUCUGUGCUAUGUCUUCUGAACAGAUA